AUGAUCUGGCGGCUGAACGAUCGGGACGGUGAAGAACAGUGUAUUCGGUCUGGCGUCCGACAGGGUUGUAUCCUGUCACCCAUACCGUUCAACUACGCUAUUGACUGGAUCCUCGGGAGGGCCCUACGCGACAGUGACGGCGUUGAUUUUGCGCCCGGAUAUCGACUGACUGAUCUCGACUAUGCCGAUGACAUCGCCUUACUUGCUUCAAGUUUUGGUGAUCUGCAGUCUAUGGUGUCACUGGUGAACGAGGUCGCUAAAUCAGUCGGUUUGUCCAUGAACGCUGGGAAGAUCAAAGUAUUCUCAAGCUGUUUCCCUGACCAGGAGAAGGCACCCCUGGGGAUUGAUGGCUGUCAAAUUGAAGAAGUGGACAGUUUUAAAUACCUCGGGGCGCGGCUGCUGCCUAAUGGACAGAGUAAGGACGAUAUUGUCUCCCGAAUCGAUGCUGCCCGCUGGGUUUUUUCAAGCCUUCGGAAAUGCCUGUGGAGCCGACGUGACCUCUCAUUCGCCACUGAGAUUCGCGUGUCCCGUGCAUCUGUCCGGUCUGUCCUUCUCUACGGUUGCGAAUGCUGA